AUGAACAAAGCUUUAGAUCCAGCAAAGGCGCCGCAGUUUCUUGAUAUGAUGUUGCGCCGCAACCAGAUUGUGCUUAUCUCCGCUACAUAUUGUGAAUAUUGUACAAAGCUGAAGAUGUUACUAAUUGAAAUGAAACACCGCUUUGUGUCGCUUGAAAUCAACAUCAUUCCCAACGGACGAGAGGUGUUUGCGGAAGUUGUUGGACGGACAGGUGUACAUACCGUGCCGCAGAUGUUUCAUAACGGCAAAUACCUUGGUGGUUAUGACGAAAUUGUUGCAUUGUACCGCCGCGGGGAGCUCUCAGCAACGUUGGAGAGGCGGUGA